UGGAAACUGCCAAAGGAGCUUAAAGCCGACAUUAGAUUAGAUUGUGGACUGAGGAAUUAUUGCAUACCAUUUAACAUCCAUGGAAGAUAGCCAAGGAAAACAUGUGAGAAAACUUUCACUUCACAUUUUGAUACUUCUGGUGAUUGCAGGAGUUUCGGUGGGGCAGCGUAGUGCCAGCAACAAAAGGGAAUGUUUCAAAAAUGAAUACUGGCAUGAGGGGUUCUGCUGUGAUAAAUGUGCUCCAGGGUAUAAGCUGAUAAAGAAAUGCUCCAGCGGCAUUAUGUCACAAUGUAAGAAAUGUACAGAAGGGACCUAUCAAAACAAGAUGAAUUAUUUUCCGAACUGCUUCAGAUGCCAGAAAUGCAACAAGCGUAAGCAUGCAGUGAUUAUUUCAUCAUGUACAUACCAAAAUAACACGGUUUGUGGAUGUCAGCCUGGAUACCGCAUGUGGCUCUUUGAUAGCUUUACAUGGGAUUGUGUCCUCCCAAAAAACAGAGUUUCUGGACAGGCCCGCUUCCAGCAUUAAGAUGUAAGGCGGGCAAUAGGACCCUCUGGGUGGGCUGAACAGUUGCAGGGGUGGGGUUGCCAAGGUGGGCCAAGCCAGCAGCAUCAUGCAAUUUUUUUUGAGGGGGCACCAAGGUCAGCCACCACAACCCCAAUACAAGCGACCCCACAUUUUACAUCACUUUUUUGCAAUCUUGCCACCUCUUUUUCGCAAGCACUUACUAUACAUGACACGGGAGGUGAUGCAAAAGGCAGCAGCACAAACGCAACAAUGCCCACAAAUGCUUUAGCUCAAUAGAGAAUGAAAACGUGUAGCUUAUCUCUGAAUGAGGCAAUCAUGCAAAUAUUUUAUUUGUGUUUAGUGUAAGUGAUAGCUUAUAAAACAAAAAAACAAAAACAAAAUAGCUAAAUAAAAUGUUUUGCAUUUCUCUCAGAGUGUGUUAUUUCUCCAUAACAUAUUUUAACAUACUUUAUGUACUGUAUUCUUAUUAUGUUAUAUUGACAUAUAUUUAUGUAUUUAUUAGAUUAGUAGUGUUGGGCCUCAUGUAUUCAGAUAGAAGUCAAAGGCAGGCCUAACAGUCGUAAAAACCUAACUCAGGCCCCCACCUUCCAAGUCGUAAAUCUUACUGAUUAAAAAUCGCACCAAAAUCAAACAAAGGGAGUCCAAAACAGACUACAAAUCCAUGAAGCCUUGCUCACUAAAGGAUCAAACUCUCAACUCCUAUUGGAUGAGGCACACAACAGAACAUCACCUCAAACCAUGACAUCAUCAGGAGUUGAAAUACCUCUGAAAUGCUUCCAGAAUUCACUUCCAGCGACUUUGUUUGCAGCGUGUGGACGCAGCUCUUUGCUGCUCUCAGGUGCAACCUCGUGGCACAAGGAAGUAAUGUCCGACUUGAAACUGUGGCCAUACAAUCUCCAUCUCGCUGGACGAGUUGAGAUUACUCUGUGUUCAACCGAACACUCUAACGGAUCCGAAGGAGCCCGCCGAGCAAUUCGCAUCUUCAUCCGUUUGCCUACAGAAGUGAAGAGAUUAAAGAUUUCUCUUCCAUCUUCAAUCAAGUUGACAUUUCUGAUUUCUCCGCCGGCCCGCCGAGAAUCAACAGCCGUACCGCCCGCCAACAGAGCGAGGAAACGGCCUCCCGUCAUCACCCGAGCCUCAAGGAACCGGGUCAGAGUUAUAGGACGGAGGAAAACACAUUCUACCUGUGUCCUCAUGCGAUUCAAGUAAGAGGUUUACGUCUGGGCAGAGAUAGAAUAUUAUAGUGUGUUAUUCUUGUGUUUCAAGGUUUUUGCUUGUACAGUUUAUGGACCACCAUGUCCGCUCAUUAUUAAUACUCAGGGUAUUAAUUAUCACAAAUUUGUUUUGCUGUAUUGUGCAAAUACCCGGCUCGUAAAACCACAUCUCUGAGUGAUAAACUGAGAGCUGCUUUCUCUCCCACUAUCGCGAAAUCGGCUUUAGGGCUGUCACUUCUCUCUCUCUCUUUCUCUCUCUCUCGUACUAACCACACUGACACACACACACUGUCACACAGACACCUUAUGUGUUAUAGGAUUAUUUUGAUUUCCAUAUCUAAUCAUGUCACUGUUUAGUUUGUAGUUGUAAGUCGGAAGUUUAUUGACUGCAUUGUAUUAAUUAUUAAUUGA